UGGGGAUGCGGAGCCUCUAGGGAGGUACCUGAGACCCAGUCCUUUUCACUCAUUGUUUGAGCACGAGACCUGGUCUUGGCAGCGUAACGUGUCUUUGGAUAAUUGACCUGCCUCUAAUUCGUCUUUUUCUUUUUUGUCUUUCUUCUUGCGCGGCCUUCGGGUUGGGUUGUUCUCUUUUGAUUUUAUUUCUUUUUUAACUUGACAGCUGGUCUGUUCUAUUUCAUGGGUGUCUAAAUUGUCUUUUUCUUUUUUUUUUUGUAUUUCUCGUUUUGACUGUUAUACCUGGGCUAGGAAAGCUGGACUGCUGAUGCCCUGGGUACUUCUAAUAUUCAUUUCUUGACUUUCGUUCAGCUUGGGCUCUAUCGAUUGGGCGUUUACCUGGGGGCAUAGUUUUACAUAAUGAAUGAGAGGCGUGUAACGAGGCGCGCUAGAGGAGAUGUGUAUACUCGCGACAAUAAGGGACUUGAGCGACGACGGGUACCACAAGCAGGCUUGAAUCGCCCAGCUUCAGGAAUAGAGGAUGAACUCGACGGACGCAGCGACGAGGAAAAUGAGAGCUUCUUCGCAUACUUGAAGUCAAGGAAGAGUAUGCGCACGAAGUCUUCACCUCGAGACAUCGCACGAGACAACCGUCGAGCCUUGGUCCAGAGACAUACGCCUUCCUCUAUUGCGCUGCCCACGGGGAGUCCUGGAACAGCAGGCGAGGAUGAGGCGGUAGAAGACAUGGAAGAUGUCACAGCAUCAGAUAGCCAGAGCGCAUCGUCAAGUGAUGAGGAAGCGGACGAAGAGCAGCAGAACUCGCCUGGUUCCCCAGGCUCGGCUGGGGUUCCUCAGAUCACAGCAUCGCCUCCUGGGGCUCCUACCGUUCCAACAGCGGGCAGUAUCCGUCCAAUGCCCCAUGGCUUUCCCAGAGGGCUGCAGAGCACACCUGAGAAGGUAGGACUGGUGGUAGGCCUGACAGUUGGAUGCGCCGUAAUCGUCUUUAUAGUCGUGUUCUUUGUUAUUCGACGCAAACGCAGUUCCAACUAUCUGCGGUCACGUUUGAAUGGACAACGCUCGCAGCACCGUCCCACGCCCUCAGGACCGAUAAUGAGUGAAAAGUCAUGGCCUGAGAGCAAUCAAGCGGGCUGGGAUGUUCCCAACGAGCUGAAGAUGGCCCGAGACCAAGCUAUGAAUAAGUCCUCCGUCGGAUCCGACUUGGAAUCGAAUCGCUCUAAUAAUCGACCGCCAUCCCUCAGAAGCCGGCUUCUGCGUGGACCGCUCACUUCGAAUCCGUUGAGCCCGAUGAGUCCUAAGUUCUUCCUCAGACGAAGUUCAGCAGCAAGGUCGAGUAACGGAUCCGAUAAUCUGACUGCGAGAACUCCGCGCAGUCCAGCUACCGCUGCCCUUGCAAAUCGGAGCCACUUGUCACUCGGUACCGAGUCAGACACCAAUUCGCGUGACUCCAAAGUGGACUAUGAAAUAAGUCCUUUCGAAAAGGAACUUUCCAUCGAACCUCUUUCCCCGCCUCCCAAGGUUCGCAAGCCGGGCGUCUCAUACUUCUCCUGGAGCACGGCACCAACAACUCCAGGAACAGGCGUCCGGGACACAUUGACGACACAGGACGGCGAACCGCCGCGUUUCCGUACUAUAAACAGCUGGGUUAACCAUCAAUCCCGACGACAAACCGAGAUCGGAGACAAGCAUCCCUCAACCUCAUACGCGCCACCACCUAUCCCAGAAAGCAACUCAGUUAACCGCUACCCACCAUAUCCCCCUACUCCUCCGAUCGCCCACAGAGAGCCAGACACUCCCACGACCCCAAGAACACCGCGCACGCCCGGCACUCCGGCCAGGAUCCAGCGUUCUACCCUCCAGUCGUUCAUGAGUAGGCACAACCGCACAAUGUCCUCGACUACCACUUCCACACUCCCCAUCUUCAGACAACAUCCCGGAGAGGAAGUUCCAAUUCCCCGUCCCCAGAGAAUUCGCAGCUCGAGCUUGAGAAACGUCACUCCGUGGCUUUCUUGAUUUGAUAGAAUCUUUUUACGAAGCGCGUUAUUCCGAUAAUAGCCAGGAGCUAUUUACCAUUGCCUCUGUGGAUACGGGAAGAAAAGAGGAUAAGGAUCAAGGUGGUGGAGGUAGUUUUAUGUGUAAAAUUAUACUUAUAAUAAUGUCA